CCUCUUUCGCAGAAGCCGAAACCCUUUGCUUCUGUUGUUCUCUUCUGCGCUUCCACUCUCCCCUUCACACCACCGAACGCGAUUUCUUUAUCUCUCUAUUCCGACUCCGAAGCUUCUAGAAGAACAGGAAUAAGAAACACCUCAACCAAUGGUGGAGGCCUCGUCGAUCCAAGCGGAAACGCUCAAUUCUCUCGAUCCUUCAACCACCAGCGCCUCUGUUCUAUUCCACAGAGAAAUUAAGUUCCAACUCGCCAAGAAGCCUUUCAAGGGAUUCUCCUCCGAUUAUCACAUUGAGACGCUAAAUCCUACCACCUCGGAACAUGGCACACCUUCUUCUGCCAUGUCUGUCACGCCAGCUAAGAGGCACGACGGUUCUGAAUUCUCCGAGUUCGGCCUGGAUCCGGAGCUCAGCUUUGGAAUCACCGUUCGAAAAAUAGGAGCUGGGUUGCGAAAUCUUGGAAAUACUUGCUUCCUCAAUUCGGUGCUGCAGUGUUUGACCCAUACAGAGCCUCUGGCUGCAUAUCUACAAAGCGGAAAGCACAAAAGUUCAUGCCAUGUUGCUGGAUUUUGUGCUCUAUGUGCAAUACAGAAUCAUGUAAGUCGUGCACUGCAUGCAUCUGGAAGAACAUUAUCCCCCGAGGAUCUGGUUGGGAAUCUGCGGUGCAUAUCACGAAAUUUCCAAAAUGCAAGGCAGGAGGAUGCACAUGAGUAUAUGGUCAACUUACUUGAGUCAAUGCAUAAAUGCUGCCUGCCUUCUGGUGUACCAAGUGAAUCACCUAGUGCUUAUGAGAAAAGUUUUGUUCAUAAAAUAUUUGGUGGUCAUCUGCGAAGUCAGGUGAAAUGUCAGCAGUGUUCCUUUUGCUCCAACAAGUUUGAUCCAUUCUUAGAUCUAAGCCUCAAAAUUUUCAAGGCAGAAUCAUUGCAGAAAGCACUUGCAAAUUUCACUGCUGCAGAAUGGUUGGAUGGAGGGGAGAGGCAAUACAAUUGUCAAAGAUGCAAGCAGAAAGUUAGGGCUCUGAAACAGCUUACGGUUCACAAGGCACCUUAUGUGAUCUGUGUAUAAGUUUCUUCUUUUUAGCAGGAAGGAGAUGUGAAGUACUCUCUCUAUGGGGUUUUGGUUCAUUCUGGUUCUAGCACUCAUUCUGGACAUUAUUACUGCUAUGUCCGCACAUCAAAUGACAUGUGGUAUACCUUGGAUGACAAUAGGGUAUACAAUGUCAGUGAGCGAGAAGUGUUGAAUCAGCAGGCAUACAUGUUAUUUUAUGUUCGUGAUAGAAAAAAUAUUGUUUCUAGGAAAUCUGUUGAUAUUAUUAAGAAGGAGAACGGAAAUAGGGAUUCUGCUGCAGCAAACCAAGUAUUGAAGGGACUUUCCAAUGGUCUGGCAGAAAAUAAAUCUUGUGAACCUUCUUUAAAUGCUAAAGCUCAGAUAAAAAUGUCAAAUUUUGACUCAUCAGUUGUUUCCUUUACGAAGUACAGUCUGGUUCAGCCAAAAAGUUGCCCUUCAUUAGCAGGAAGCUUUGUUCAAAAUAAAAAACCUAUAUCUGAUCCUUCUUCCAAGGAGCAGCCUCACAAAGGAUCACAAGGAGGGCUCUCCAUUGUUGGCUUAGAGCAUGAAUGCUUGUCGACACUAGAUAAUUCAAGAAAGGAGAACUCUCUCCCUAGUUGUGUGAAAAGUUUGGUUGAUCCAGCUGGAGAUAAUACCGACAAGAAUGUGAUUUCGAAAGAUGUUAAGAACGAAUCUCUUUUGUCGGCUCUUACCUUCAGUAGUCCACAGACUUCUGCAGUACACAGAACCAAUGGGAGCUCCCAGUUUCAUAAGGUUGAAGUUUCCACGGCUGCUUCUAUGUGUGAUGCAACAGUUAGUAUAGAGUGUAAAAACUCUAUUGGGUGUCAAGGAUUGGUUCCUAAUGAGUCGGCAAAUAGCUCCUUGACUAAAGAGAGUGUUAAUCAAAAGACCAUGAAAAAACCGAAAAAGAAGUUUUUGAAAUAUCGACCGUUAAGGAUGCAUAUUUGUUCAUCCUUGCUACUCAUGACAGUUUUAAGCUCACGGAAGAAAAUUCACAAAAGAAAGAAAAUUCACAGAAGAAGCAAGUGCCACAAUCUUAAAAAAAAAAACAUGGAUAAACUCUCAUCAAAUGUUGGGCCAUCUGAUGAUGGCACUGUGAUAGAAAAACUUGUUGAAGGUGAAUUUCAGAGGAGAGUCAAUCAGAACUCUGCUGUGCUAGCAACAGCUGCACAAGGAGGAAAUACAUCAUCCAGUGGUUCAGCGACUAAUCAAUUUGAAGGUAGACAAGUACAUAGUCUACAAGAUGGUAAAAGGGAUAAAAUGCACAAUAAAUUUAUGAGUAUUCCUUCCCGAGGGCUUGAGGAGACAGUUGUUGCACGGUGGGAUGAUGUAGAAUUGCCUCGAUCUCAGUUGUUGGAGUCAAGAAACAAUAAUCCUGUCACCAUCGGAUAUGUCGGAGAUGAAUGGGAUGAAGAAUAUGAUAAGGGGAAAAGAAAGAAGUUGAGGAGCAACAAGCCCAGCUUUGGUGGCCCAAAUCUUUUCCAAGAAAUUGCUACCGAGAAGUCAAAGUCAAAAAAGGCCAAGUUGGACCAAUCUAGCUCAGGGAACCUGCCAUUCAGGAUAUGAUGUCUUUGCCUUAGAUCUUGUGUUGGCUUGUAGCAAUUAUCAAUUCCUCUGCGCUGAGGGUAUUGGAGUGGAGAGAUCCCCUACCUUCUUAUUUUUCUCAUCAGUACAAAAUUUUGAUGCACAAUGUCCAAAAAUGGUGUGCAGGAUUCUAUUAUUUUCCCUGGGGCGGAACUGCAGAGAGUUGGUUUCCUAUUUCUCAUAUCAGCCUAAAUUCUUACCUGCAUGUUCUAGAACUGAAUUGAACAAAUUGUUUUUGUCGUAGCUGCAUGUUGUAGCCCAGAAAUUUUGAUUGUUAUAUUUGUCAAGAGACUCAUGUUGCCAACUCUUUCUGUAUUCGUAGAUUCUUUGUUACCAAUAGUUUGUGAUUAAUAAUUUAGCAAAUCACUAUCAGUUA